GGGAACAGGGCGCGCGGAGUCUCAAUACAGCCGCGGCUGCUGCGCUGCUUUACGGACGCACGCGGGGUCACAGAGCUGUUCACGGUGACCGGACCUGUGGAACUUCACCGAGCGGCUCUCCCGGAGGUUUAGCUGGGUUCUGUUCGUGGGGUUGAGAAAGUUUAACUCUAGCGUGGAAACGUUUAAGUUUUCAGGAGCAGAGUUGGAGAGGCGUCGGGGUUUGUUUGGUCGAACCUCGAGGAGUGAAGUUCCCCAGUCUGUCUGGGGGGUCAUUCAUCUGAGGAUCAAGUACUGAAGUAGCGGGAACCGAGCGGUUGUGUCUCAAAGGAUGUGCUUUUAAACCUGCGCUGCCGGGGGGGUCAAGAGGUGACAUACCUCUGUGAAGCUCCACUGGAAACAAAUGCUUUGCUGCCAUGCCUCCAGGGCCAGAGCAACGUCUCUCUGUUCUCAUGGUCCAAGUGCAGCUUUGUCUCCUGCUCAUCGCCAUUGGCUGGCCCUGCAAUGGCGGCGUUGUCCAUGGGUCAGGCUCAUCGGAACCAUAUCCCACCUUUAAGUGGAACAACACACUUUUUGAGCACCUGGCCCUGCACCCUGAUCCCACCAUGGGUUGGAUCUACAUUGGAGCCAGAGAUCAUCUGUUCCAGUUGGACCAGUUCCUCCAGCUGCAUGUCCAAGACAAAACUGGACCCAUGAUAGACAGCCGAGAGUGUUUGCCCCCUGUGACGGAAACCAACUGCCCCCAGGCAAAGGAAACCAGCAACCAUAAUAAGCUCCUGCUUGUAGAUCCCUACUCCAUGGAGCUAAUUACCUGUGGCAGUGUCAACCAGGGAAUCUGCCAGAAACGGAAUCUGGAUUCUGUGAAUAAAGUUCUUUUUUCUACAGAAAGGCCAGUGGAUACUCAGUAUGUGGCGGCCAACCACCCUAAUGUCAGUACUGUUGGGCUGGUGGUUCGCUCUCGUCCUGACAGGCAGGCGGUGCUGUUUGUUGGACGCGGUUACACCAGCAGUCAUCCACCCAUUUCCACUCGAAACCUGGCCCAGGAACCCAUCUUCUCCUACGAGGAGACCGCGAAGCUAGCUGUGGCAGGACGACUCUCGGAAUACGAUCAUCAUUUUGUGGCCUCGUUUGCCCACCAUCAGCAUAUCUACUUCCUCUUCUACAGGCGGGACCUGAAGUCUCAGUCGCGAGAAUACCGCACCUACAUCUCACGCAUUUGUCUGGAUGACCAGGCCUAUUACUCCUACGUGGAAGUACCGCUGACUUGUCGCUCAAGGACAGGCAAAAUGUACAACCUUUUACAAGCUGUGCAGCUCGGUCUCUCCAGUGAUGGGAGCCAAGGUUCCGGGUCAGAGAUUCUUCUAGGCGUCUUCUCCACUCCCACGUCCUCAGCCUCGCCCAACGAGGAUUCAGCCCUCUGCAUGUUUCAUCUUGAAGAUGUGGACCAACGUAUUGACUCCACCAGAGAUCUGUGCUAUACAAAGAUGGGGAGAGAGGAAGGAGACGAGGCGGCCUACAUAGAGUAUGAGGUCAAAUCCAACUGUGCCAACCUUCCAGAGAACACGUUGAAAGCGUACCCCUGCGGUUCAGACCACACCCCCAGCCCCAUGGCCAGUCGGGUCGCAGUAGAGGUGGAGACCAUACUGGACAGCCCGUCCGCCCAACUCACUGCUGUGGCUGUGAGUGUGAGGCCGGGACACACCAUCGCCUUCCUGGGAGACUCCAAAGGAAAUCUGCACAAGGUGUUCCUUGGGCCGCACGGCGAGGUGGAGGAGUACUCUGUCACGUCUGUGCAGAAGAACGCAGCCAUCAGUUCAGACCUGAUCCUGGACCAGAGUGAAGAGCAUCUCUUCAUCAUGACGCACAGCAUGUUGCAGAAGAGGCCGGUGGCUGAGUGCCAGCAGAACCCCGACUGUAACUCCUGCCUGCAGGCCCACGACCCGUACUGCGGCUGGUGUGUCCUGGAGGCGAGGUGUACGCUCCAGUCUCAGUGCAGUCGGGGGGGUCAGCCAGGUCAGUGGCUGUGGAGCUUCGACAUGGAGCAGCACUGUCUGUACAUCAGCGACUUAAACCCAUCCAACGUCAGCAGGGAGGAGAGCAGGCCGGUCUUCCUGUCUGUUCCUGGACUCCCCGUGUUAGACAAGGGGGAAUCGUAUUCCUGCUUCUUUCGGGACGUCAGGAGUCCCGCCGUCCUCACAGACCGCGGGAUCAGCUGCCGCUCUCCUGACAGCAGCAGGAUCCCUUCAGUGCCCCAGCGACAAGAUUUUGUUGUCGUUACCUUGUCUCUGCGGUUUGGGGACGUUGUCGUCGCAGCGAAAGACUUCACCUUCUUCGACUGCACAGCUGUGAAGCAGCUGUCAGGAAGCCAACCUUGUCACAGAUGUGUUUUGAGCAGAUGGGGCUGUAACUGGUGCGUUCACCAGCACUCGUGCACACACAAGUCUGUCUGUGGGGAGGGCGUGAUCAUCUACAACCAACACUUCAAACUCCCCACCUCCCCUCCUCCCACAGCCAAACCCGCUAAAGUCAUAACAACAGGCCCUGUCACCACAGCAACAAGCCCACCAGUGCCCACCACAGCCUUCAUCCCUGAGCUAACCACGCUGCCCCCUCCUCUGCCCCCCGGGCGCUCCAGUCUUCCUCCACCUGUCACAGCUGCACCACCCUCUGUCAUCACAGGGGGCAGUGUUGUUGUCGCUGAUGAACUCGUAGUUGUCACUCAGAGCAGCCCUGCUGACACUCCCGGUGUCGUGAUGGUAACAACAGAGGUGGCUCGGCCCAGCGACGGACUGAGUGGAGAUGUUGACCCCACUACAAUGCCGGGGGCCACCUCCACCAGCCUCCCAAUGACAACCCGCUCUGUGGAAGAGGCUCCCCUCACCCCAUCACCCCCUGAGCCUGCAGGGCCAGCGGAAAACGAUACGUUUUUAGCCCCAACCGUACUGUCCGGUGAUGGGGAAGUGGACCCCGGACUGCCCUCCUACCCUCAGCCAGUGGACUUAGAAGCAGAACUGGAACUGGACUACCAGAACGACCCGGAUGAUACUUUCCUCCCGGGUGAUGAAGGCUCCUUCAUCAGCUGGGGCUCCUCAGCGUGUCCGUGCGUUGAAAAGGUACUGGGGUCGUCUCUGCUGCCUGUUCACGUGGAGAAGAAGAUCACGUUACUGGCACGCAAUCUGCAUCUCUACCAGGACACAAUGCUGGAGUACGAGUGUGUGCUGAUCAUUGAGGGUCAGACGGUGGUUGUUGACGCCUUUGUUGAGGCCGACUACGUGAAUCCCUCCAGCUUCUUCAUCACCUGUCAGCAGCACAAGUUAACGUACUCCGCUCCUGUGGAGGAGUACAAAGCCAUGGUGUAUGUGAAGAGGAGGAACACUUUUCACGUGGACAGCUCUCCGGAUUUGUACGUAACUCUGUACAGCUGCUCUGUGGGCCGAUCAGACUGCAGUCGCUGUCGCACAGCGGACCCAAAGUACAGCUGUGUGUGGUGUGGGGGGGCUCAGCCCAGUUGCUUGUAUUCAAAGUCAUGCAGUGCAGCUGCAGAGACAUGUCCCGCCCCUGUCAUCCACUCGUUUGAGCCACUGUCUGGUCUGCUGGAGGGAGGAACCCUGGUCACCAUCUCGGGCUCCAACCUGGGCCAGAAGCCCACAGACGUCCUGGACUCUGUGUUGGUGGCAGGGGAACCCUGCACUGUCAUCCCAGAACUGUACCAAGUCUCUUCCAGGAUCGUGUGCAGAACCAAACCCAGUCAAGGAGAGAAGGUGGGAUAUGUUUCGGUGUGGGUGAACGGAGGAGAGCGCAGCCUGUCCUCGCAGACCUUCAGCUACCAGGACCCGUCUGUGAUGGGGGUGACACCUGAGAGGGGCCCAAAGGCAGGAGGAAUAUCUUUGACCAUCACAGGCCGAAACCUGCGGACGGGGCUCCCGUCUGACCUUACCGUCACUGUGGGAGGGGUCCCAUGUGAAAUCAUCUCUGAGAUCCAGAGCUCCAGCGUCGUCUGCAGAACAGGCAGCAGCAACACCACUGGAGAGCACCGGGUCACACUUCACUAUGGCAGCCACCAGCGCCACCUACACUCCUCCUCCUACCGCUACACCCCCAACCCCAACGUCACACGCGCAGCUCCGGCCAAGAGCUUCAUUGAUGGGGGUCGACUAAUAAUCGUUCACGGCCAGAACCUGGACGUGGUUCAGGAGCCACACAUGGUGGUCUCCUACCCCGUUAGCCAGACUCAGAGGAGGCAGAAGAGGAGGCUGACCAGUUCGUCUCCUGACACCGGGUGUCAAGGUGACCCGCUUUGUUCCGUUAAACAGUUCACAGAGCGCUGUAAGGUGAACUCCUCCUCCCUCAUGCUCUGCUACUCCCCCGCCGUGGACGAGUCUAUCUUGAGGUCAAAGUUUAGGGUGGAGUUUCUGCUGGACAGUCUGCGCUUCGACUUCAACGCUCUGAGCCCGCAGCCCUUCAGCUACCAGCCCAGCCCGGUUCUGCAGCCACUGAACCAGCAGAACCCCCUGAAGGCGUACCGCUACAACCCUGGCAGCUUCAUCCAGCUGGAGGGCGACAACCUAGACCUAGGCAUCAGCAAAGAGGAGGUGGUGGUUCUGAUCGGGGACGUUGUGUGUGCUGUGAAGACCCUGACCAGAAACCACCUGUACUGUGAGCCGCCGCCCCAGCAGCUCAGACCCGGGCCCAACUGCAAGAAGUGCGAGGUGUUUGACCAGCUUCCUGAAUUCACGGUCCAAAUGGGAAACAAGAACUUCUCUCUUGGCAAAGUGCAGUAUGAUACUCUCAGCUUGGCCACGUUUCCUCUGGAGGCUCAGAUUGGAGUUGGAGUUGGAGCUUCUAUUGUUGCGCUCAUUGUCCUCAUUAUUGUGCUCAUCUAUAGAAGGAAGAGUAAGCAGGCUCUGAGGGACUACAAGAAGGUCCAGAUCCAGCUGGAGAACCUGGAGACGAGUGUGAGGGACCGCUGCAAGAAGGAGUUCACAGAUUUGAUGACGGAGAUGAUGGACAUGUCCAGCGACCUGGUGGGCUCAGGCAUCCCCUUCCUUGACUACCGAAUGUACGCAGAGCGCAUCUUCUUUCCUGGCCACCGGGAGUCUCCACUGAGGCGAGAGUUGGACAUUCAGGAGAGCCGGCGGCAGACGGUGGAGCAGGGCCUAGUGCAGCUGUCCAACCUCCUCAACAGUAAACUCUUCCUCACUAAGUUCAUUCAUACUCUGGAGAGCCAGCGUACCUUCUCUCCCAGGGACCGGGCCUAUGUGGCAUCGCUGCUGACUGUGGCUCUCCAUGAAAAACUGGAGUACUUCACCGACAUCCUCAAAACGCUCCUGAACGACCUGGUGGAGCAGUACGUGGCCAAGAACCCCAAACUCAUGCUGCGAAGAACCGAGACCGUAGUGGAGAAGCUCCUGACCAACUGGAUGUCCAUCUGCCUCUACACGUUCCUCCGGGACUCUGCAGGGGAGGGUCUGUACAUGCUGUUCAGAGCCAUAAAGCACCAGGUGGACAAAGGUCCGGUGGAUGCAGUGACUGGAAAGGCUAAGUAUACCCUGAAUGACAACCGCCUGCUGAGGGAGGACGUGGAGUACAAAACGCUGACGCUGAACGUGCUGGUCCAGGGUGGAGGCGUGAACGAGACUCAGCCGGUGCCUUCCAAGGUGCUGGACUGUGACACCAUCACACAGGUGAAAGAGAAGCUCCUGGAGCAGGUCUACAAGGGCACCUCCUUCUCCCAUCGGCCCCACGUGGACUCUCUGGACCUGGAGUGGAGGUCCGGCGUUGCGGGUCAUCUCAUCCUGUCAGACGAGGACUUAACUUCUGUGAUUCAGGGGAGCUGGAAACGGCUGAACACUCUGCAGCAUUACAAGGUCCCAGAUGGAGCAACAGUAGCUCUGGUCCCUCGCCACACCAAGAAUCUCCACCAUGACAACCACGACUACAUAGCUGGAGAGAAGACACCGAUGCUCGAGGACGCAGAUGAAGGCGGCGUCCGGCUGUGGCACCUGGUGAAGGCCAGUGAGGAGCCUGAGCUGCCAAAACACCGGCGAGGCAGCUUGAGGGAGCGGGAGAGGGCCAAGGCCAUACCAGAGAUCUACCUCACCCGUCUGCUGUCCAUGAAGGGAACGCUUCAGAAGUUUGUCGAUGAUCUAUUCAUGGUGAUCCUCAGCACCAGCCGCCCCGUCCCGCUGGCUGUUAAAUACUUUUUUGAUCUGCUGGAUGACCAGGCGGGCCAACAUGGCAUCACAGACCCUGAGACCAUCCACAUCUGGAAGACCAACAGCCUCCCGCUGCGCUUCUGGAUAAACAUCAUCAAGAACCCUCAGUUUAUCUUUGAUGUCCAGGCGUCUGACCACGUUGACGCUGUGCUGUCGGUCAUCGCUCAGACCUUCAUGGACUCGUGCACCAUCGCAGAGCACAAGCUAGGGCGGGAUUCUCCUAUCAACAAGCUGCUGUAUGCCAGAGACAUCCCCCGCUACAAGCAGAUGGUGGAAAGGUUCUACGCUGACAUCAGGCAAACCAUCUCUGCCAGCGAUCAGGAGAUGAACUCUGCCCUGGCUGAGCUGUCCCGGAACCACUCUGGAGGUCUGAACUACAAGGUGGCCCUCCACGAGCUUUACAAAUACAUCAACAAGUACUACGACCAGAUCAUAACGGCGCUGGAGGAGGACCCCAUGGCCCAGAAGAUGCAGCUGGGUUUACGACUGCAGCAGAUAGCCGCUGCUGUGGAGAACAAAGUCACUGACUUGUAAAGGGGGGUGGACACUGACUACUUAAAGCUGGGGGGGGGACGCUGAAGCUGCUGUUCAGCUGCUCCUCCUAGACCUGAGGCACCAGCAGAUCCAGACCAGCAGUCUCAAACCAGGACCAAGGGGUUGGAUAAAAACUCUCCAUCAGGCCCUGCUGUCACGUAAACAUAGACUUUGGGCUCUUCCAAAGUAAUAAAACGAUAAUCCUACAAAAACAGAAAAGGGACACAUCCGAGCAUCAGAGCGGCAUCCAGUUUCCCUCCACGCUGAUCUUCACGGCGUGACCCGGCUUGGUCAGGCGCCGGAUGAGUCUCUCACUGAGCGUUGUAACGGUUUUAUUUGUUUGUUUUCCCCAACAGCUCCGUUCAGGAAUGCUGCAUUGCUGCUGCAGAAAUGGGUUCGUUAUUGUUUUUCUGUGAAUGGUUCUGGUACUGAGUAUGUGACGCAUAUUAUUACACAAAAUCGAAGGUUUUAGUUGUGGCUCUAAAGAACAGGCUUCAGUACUGGCAUGCAGCCAUCAGGAGGUGUCAGCCGCUCUACCUCAGCCCGCCACACUGCACCCUCCUACCUAACACAGCCGUAUGCCCCCACCCCAUCGCUUCUGACUGACAGUCCAAUUUUUCAUAUUUAUUGUUCACCUCUGUUCUGAUCAUUCCUAUUUUUCCACGUCAGAAAGAUUAGUUUUGUCACACAUUGAACGCCAUUGUUGGCUGAAUCGGCCCCGCCCACUUUCCGGUUUACUGUGGAGUUGGAUGGAGAUGGCCCUGAGCUGGAUCCAAACAUGUUCAGCUUCGUGCGAUCUCGGGGAAACCUCAGCGGGGAGGAGAUGGUGGGAGAUGGCUGUAAGCCCCCGUCGCCCCACGGGAUCAGAUGUGAUGCGUCUUCACGCUCACGGAUGAGGUGGCCUCCAACCAAACACCACCCUCCUGUUUGUGCUGCUGUGUCCUCGUCCUCCACCUGUUACUAAACGGAAACUAACGGCUCCAAGUGAAAGUUUGUCCUCCGAGAGACACUAACGUCUGAUGUAGAGCAGGCUCUGCAGGAGCAGUUUUAAAGAGGUUCCUCAUUACGUGUUAAUAUUGUUGUACAGACGGAUUUUAAAUGUAACUGUAGGGAUUUAACCUGUUGAAGACAAAUGCAGAUUUUCACAGAUGUAAUAAAAUAUUCUUAAAAUA